ACGUCGCAGCACAGACAUGUACCCUGGCCGAAGGGUAGUACAUCAUGGCUGAAUAAUUCAAGACCAUUAUUUUUUUCACCAAAGGCCACCUCUUCGACGAGGCUAGCUACAAUCUUUUUCUCUUGCUCUGAUUCCAUGAUACUGCUAUAAGCGUGUCUUUUCACCGUUUUCUAUUCAAGGCCUUGUUCUUGAAGACUGUGAACUUUAGCUCCUAGACUGCUGGGGCGUUUUCCAAUCUCUCGUUGAAGCUCUUUGGAGCCUUCACUUUUCGAUUUCCGCCGAACAGCGCCGUUACGCUUUGCUUUUCGCAACUUCGAACAAACCUUUGUGAACAUGGAGGCCGCGUUCGCAAAGCCCGUCGAUGAGGUCCUCAGCACCUUAGGCGUCGACCCUACCACCGGUCUAAGUGACGAGCAAGUAGCUCAGUCCAGGGCCAAGCACGGGAAGAAUGCCAUCCCCGAGGAACCUCCGACACCCAUCUGGGAGCUUAUCCUGGAACAAUUUAAAGACCAGCUGGUUCUCAUCCUUCUGGGCUCUGCCGCCAUCUCGUUCGUACUCGCGCUUUUCGAGGACGAGGGCGGCUGGAGCGCCUUCGUCGACCCCGCCGUCAUCUUGACAAUCCUUAUUCUCAACGCCGUUGUUGGAGUGUCCCAGGAAAGCAGUGCCGAGAAGGCGAUUGCUGCUUUGCAAGAAUAUUCGGCCAACGAGGCCAACGUGGUGCGCAAUGGGCAGAUUACUCGUAUCAAGGCCGAGGAUCUUGUGCCAGGCGAUAUCGUUGACAUUGCUGUUGGUGCUCGCAUCCCUGCUGACUGCAGAUUGAUCUCGAUCGAAAGCAACAGCUUUGCUGUGGACCAGGCCAUCUUGACCGGAGAAAGUGAAAGCGUCGGGAAAGACUUCCAGGCCGUUGUUAGCGAUGACAAGGCUGUCUUGCAGGAUCAGGUCAAUAUGCUGUUUUCGGGUACAACUGUUGUCACUGGUCACGCCAAAGCCGUCGUUGUCUUGACUGGUUCCAACACAGCUAUCGGCGACAUUCACGAGAGCAUCACCGCCCAGAUCUCCGAGCCUACCCCCUUGAAGCAAAAGCUCAAUGACUUCGGAGACCAGCUCGCCAAGGUCAUCACUAUCAUCUGCGUUCUCGUCUGGCUCAUCAACAUCCCCAACUUCGCCGACCCUAGCCAUGGAAACUGGACCAAGGGUGCCAUCUACUACCUCAAGAUCGCCGUUUCCCUUGGCGUUGCGGCCAUCCCUGAGGGUCUUGCGGUUGUCAUCACCACCUGCCUUGCCCUUGGAACUCGCAAGAUGGCAGCUAAGAACGCCGUAGUGAGAAGUCUUCCGUCUGUUGAGACCCUGGGCAGUUGCAGCGUCAUUUGCUCUGACAAGACCGGCACUUUGACCACCAACCAAAUGAGCGUUAACAAAAUCGUCUAUUUCAACCAAGAUGGUACUGAUCUAGAGGAGCUGGAUGUUGAGGGAACUACCUUUGAACCCAAGGGCGCUAUCAAGUCGCAGGGCAAGGAGGUGACCGAUCUUGCUCAAAACUCCGCUACCAUUCUUCAGUUGACCGAAGUCGCCGCUCUCUGCAACGAUGCCCGUCUUGACUACCAUCCCUCUACCGGCACUUUCUCGAACGUGGGUGAAGCUACCGAAGGCGCCCUCCGUGUUUUGGCUGAGAAGAUCGGCCCUUGCGCCCCCUCCGAUUGCCCUCCUAAGGAUCGCGUUCACUACGCUAGCUCCUGGUACGAGAAGAAGUACCAGCGUCUUGCCACCUACGAGUUUUCGCGUGACCGCAAGAGCAUGUCCGUCUUGGUUGAGGGUGAUGGUCAGCAGAAGCUUCUCGUUAAGGGAGCCCCUGAAUCGCUCAUCGAACGCUGCACUCACGCUCUUCUCGGUCCCAGUGGCAAGAAGGUACAACUGGAUCGUAACAUGUCCGAACUCCUCAUGAAGGAGGUUGUCGAGUAUGGCAACCGCGGUCUGCGUGUCAUCGCUCUGGCUAGCUUGGACAACGUCGAUGGUAACCCUCUUCUUCACACCGCCAAGUCUACCGCCGAAUAUGCCUCUCUCGAACAGAACCUUACUCUCAUCGGUCUCGUCGGCAUGCUUGACCCUCCUCGCCCUGAAGUUGCUGCUUCUAUCAGGAAGUGCAAGGAUGCUGGCAUUCGCGUCGUCGUGAUCACCGGUGAUAACCGCAACACUGCUGAGAGCAUCUGCCGUCAGAUUGGUGUCUUUGGCCCUAACGAGGAUUUGACUGGCAAGAGCUAUACUGGUCGCGAGUUUGAUAACCUUAGCCCUGGUGAGCAGCUCGAGGCCGCCAAGACUGCUUCUUUGUUCUCUCGCGUGGAGCCUACUCACAAGUCCAAGCUGGUUGACCUCCUCCAAUCUCUCGGCGAGGUCGUUGCUAUGACUGGUGACGGUGUCAACGAUGCUCCUGCUCUGAAGAAGGCUGAUAUUGGUGUUGCUAUGGGUUCCGGCACCGACGUGUCGAAGCUCGCUGCUGACAUGGUGCUUGCUGAUGAUAACUUUGCCACUAUCGAGGUCGCCAUCGAGGAAGGCCGCGCCAUCUACAACAACACCCAGCAGUUCAUCCGCUAUCUCAUCUCUUCCAACAUCGGCGAGGUCGUCUCUAUCUUCUUGACGGCCGCUCUCGGCAUGCCUGAGGCUCUGAUCCCGGUUCAGCUUCUGUGGGUGAACUUGGUCACCGACGGUCUCCCCGCUACCGCCUUGUCGUUCAACCCCCCUGACCACGAUAUCAUGCGUCGCAACCCCAGAAAGCGUGACGAGAAACUCAUCGGCGGAUGGCUCUUCUUCCGUUAUCUCGUCAUUGGUACCUACGUCGGUCUCGCUACCGUCGCCGGUUAUGCUUGGUGGUUCAUGUUCUACUCGGAGGGACCUCAGAUCAGCUUCUACCAGCUGUCUCAUUUCCACCGCUGCUCUACCGAGUUCCCAGAGAUUGGCUGCGCCAUGUUCUCGAACGACAUGGCCAAGGCCGGUUCGACUGUCUCGCUCUCCAUCUUGGUCGUCAUUGAGAUGUUCAACGCCAUGAACGCUCUCUCCUCCAGCGAAUCUCUCUUGACGCUCCCUGUUUGGAAGAACAUGAUGCUCGUCUAUGCUAUCGGUCUGUCCAUGGCCUUGCACUUCGCCCUUCUCUACACUCCCAUCCUUCAGACCCUCUUUUCGAUCCUGCCCUUGAACUGGGCCGAGUGGAAGGCCGUGAUCGUCAUCAGCGCACCUGUUGUGCUUCUUGACGAACUUCUUAAGGCUGUGGAGCGCAAGUUCUUCGUCCAAAGCACCCCCAGCUCGGCGCCCUUGGAAAAGAAUAAGGAUCUCUAGGUUCGGGGGUUAGACUUGACCUGAUCUGGUAGCUUUAGAUCUAGACGUAAACAACUCCUUUUGUCUAUAAAAAUAGAUCAUAUAUCCAGCUGAUUACAUCAUGCGUAAC